AAGUAAAAGACAAAUGUUUUUCUCUCCAGCAGAGCAGAAUGAAGAGGAAGUCGACGGCAUGGAGACUCCUCCCGAGUAUCGUGACGACAUGAUAAAGUUCAACCAUCACACCAACGCUCAGAUGAUCAGUAUCUUGAAGAAAACUGAGGAGAAGUGCGAGGACAUAGCGAGGACGUACAGCAUCGGCCGCAGCAUCGAGGGCACGGAGCUGCUCGUCAUCGAGUUCUCCAAAAACCCCGGAGAACAUGAACUGCUGGAGCCAGAGAUGAAGUACGUGGGCAACAUGCACGGGAACGAGGUCCUGGGCCGCGAGCUGCUGAUCCUCCUGGCUCAGCACAUGUGCUCCGAGUAUCUGCUGGGCAACGAGCGCAUCCAGACCAUCAUCAACACCACCCGCAUCCACAUCCUCCCCUGCAUGAACCCCGACGGGCACGACCUGGCUGUGUCUGGACUGCAGGACAAUAACUACAGCGAGGACGACGAGGAGGGUCCCAGAUAUGACUCUUCCAACGUUGGCCGGAACAACGCUCAGAACAUCGACCUGAACAGAAACUUCCCCGACCUGACCUCCAUCGCCUACAGCCGCCGCAGACAGAGGAGUUACAGCACCGACCACAUCCCCAUCCCAGACUCUUACUGGUUUGGUAAGGUUGCCCCGGAGACCUACGCCGUCAUGAAGUGGAUCCGCUCCAUCCCCUUCGUGCUCUCCGCUAACUUCCGUGGUGGAGACCUGGUGGUGUCCUACCCCUACGACCUGUCCAAACACCCGCUGCAGCGCAACAUGUUGUCCCAGACGCCGGACGCCAAGGUAUUCAAGCUUCUUGCAAGAACAUAUGCAAACGCACAUGAGUCGAUGUCCACUUCAAGUGCCCGCUGUGGAUCGUCUCAUGGUGUCAGUGAGAAAGGAACCGUUAACGGAGCGCAGUGGUCCAGCAUUGCAGGCAGCAUGCAGGACUUCAACUAUCUUCAUACCAACUGCUUCGAGGUGACUGUGGAGCUGGGCUGUGAAAAGUUCCCAGCUGAAGACGAGUUGUUUAACGGCUGGCAUGAAAACUUUGAGGCUUUACUCACAUUUAUGGAAACAGCCCACCGAGGUAUCAAAGGCAUCGUAAAAGACGAGGAUGGAAAUUCAGUCAAAGGUGCACAAAUAUCAGUCAGAGGAAUACGCCAUGACGUCACCACAGCUGAGAACGGAGACUACUGGCGCCUCCUCACCCCCGGGGUCCACAUCGUGACGGCCUCGGCCCCCGGCUACGCCAAAGCUAUAAAGAAAGUCCAUCUGCCCGGUCACAUGCACACAGCAGGCCGGGUGGACUUCCUGUUGAAGAAAGCUGAGCUAGAGCCUGACAAUCAAGAGGAGGAGGACUCCAUCCCUCCAAUGGGCAACUACGACCGCUUCGACCCUUACAACCAGUACGAGCGCUACACCCUGAUUGCCGAUGUGAGCCAAAACCGUCCGGAGAGUGCAAAGAAGCCCUGGUGGUGGAGCUACUUCAUCCUGCCGGAGGGCCCAGAACCAACAUGGCUGCUCAAACACCAUUAGACAGUUCAUGUACCUCCUUCCACUGUAUACACACAAACACAGCUAUCCUGUAAUGGAUGUGCUGCCUCUGAUUGAUGUCACACUGCAGAUAAGUGUCAAAGCUAGGUGGCUGGUCUUCAUGUUAGCAUUCACACUUUACAUAUACUGUUAAUCACCACCAUGAAAUAUAAUUGUAAUAAAAUAUUUUAUAACAACUUUCCA